GCAACAGCUGGCUGGAUGUAAACAACGGUAUUGGCGCAGCCGCAGGACGAAAAGAGAGCGGAAGAGCGGAUCGAGAGAGAGUUUCUGGGGUAGGAAGGACGAAAAAUCGAUGAAGGACUAUCAGUAGGAAGCUCUAAGGAGCCGAUUGACUUUGGGCCGUAAAAUGAUUACGGGCUAAAAGCUAAAAAACACUUCGCGCGAGAGCGAGAGAGGACGUGCGAGUGAGAGGGAGAGAGAGAGAGGGCAAAAGGAGCAACAGCGACAGCAAGCGAAAACUUGGAAAAAUCGCUGCUAAAAAUAAAACAAAAAUUAAAUUUAAAAAUUCUAAAAAUCCACAAAUUAAAAACCUUAACUGGAAAGCUGCUGGAGCACUGUAACAAACAAUCAAACACCUUGUGUGCGUGUGUGUGUGUGCCAUAACUCCUGUGAAUUUCCAGCAUACAGGAAAAAAGGAAACGGAAGAAGAAAAGCAGCAAAAACGAAGUGAAAAUCAAGGAGGAGCCAGAGGUGGAAAAAGCGACCAAAAAUGGCAUUAGAAAAGGCAAAAUGACACCUACAAGCUGAAUAAAAUCUAUUUAAGCCAUCAAAUUGAUUCGCACACACACACCCGCCACACACACACACGCACACAGGAGAGCUGGGAAAACACCACCCACUUUUGUGAAAGGAGCAGCAGCAGGAACACGCCCCCCCUCCCCCCCUCGACGAGCAGCCGGCACCCGCGCCCCUCUGCGCCAAGCGUUUAAAAAUAGCCAAAGCUCUGGAAACCAAAUAUCCCUGGAGCGCAGCCGUUCGAGAAAAUGGUAACGAUGAACUCGGAGGCGGACAAAACACAAGCCACCAAUGCCAGCAGCACCGCGGCGCCGGCCAAGACGGACUGCACCAGCAGCAACAGCAGCGAUCCGCUGGCGGUGGCCAUUCCGGAGCCACAGUCCGCCACCGCCGUCGUUGGAGGCGGGGGAGGAGGAGUAGCACCCGGCACAGCCACCCCAUCGCCAACACCACUUUCCAAUGGUAGUAACAAUGACACUGGGUCAUCGGUCUCACCGGCAGCAACAGGAGCAGGAGCAGGAACAGUAGCCACAGCAGCAAGUGCUCCAGCAGCAGCAGCAGCAGGCACAACAUCGGCAUCCCCGCCAGCGAGCAACCCAACCACUGACUCCACAUCCACGGCCAGCGUUGUUGGAGCCAAGACGGCAGCCGCCACCACCACAUCCUCCUCCUCGGCCACAUCCUCGUCGACGGCGGCGGCGGGCAGCAAGCAGAGCGGCUCCAGCGGCGGACUGCUGACCGUCAGCGGGAACCACCAUCACCACCACCACGCCCACCCACAGCAGUCGGCGGCGGGUCAGUCGGCGGCCCAGCCGCCCCAGCCGCCCACCGCAACCGCCUUAGCGGUUCCAUCGGCGUCGCACCACCAACGCGGCGGGAAGAACGAGGAUGCACCCAAUAUCCUAGUGUACAAAAAGAUGGAGGCCAUCAUCGAGAAGAUGCAGGCGGAGUCGACGGGCGUGGCGGUGCGCACGGUGAAGGCGUUCAUGAGCAAGGUGCCAUCGGUGUUCACGGGUGCGGACCUGGUCGCCUGGAUCCUCAAGAACUUCGACGUGGAGGACGUGACGGAGGCCCUGCACUUUGCCCACCUGCUCAGCUCGCAUGGCUACAUAUUCCCCAUCGACGAUCACGCGCUGACCGUCAAAAACGACGGCACCUUCUACAGAUUCCAGACGCCCUACUUUUGGCCCUCGAAUUGCUGGGAGCCCGAGAAUACGGACUAUGCCGUCUACCUUUGCAAGCGCACCAUGCAGAAUAAGACGCGCCUGGAGUUGGCCGACUACGAGGCCGAGAAUCUGGCCAAGCUGCAGAAGAUGUUCUCCAGGAAGUGGGAGUUUAUAUUCAUGCAGGCCGAAUCGCAGAGCAAAGUGGCCAAAAAGCGGGAUAAGCUGGAGCGGAAGGUGCUGGACUCGCAGGAGCGCGCCUUCUGGGAUGUCCACCGGCCAAUGCCCGGCUGCGUCAACACCACCGAGAUUGACAUAAAGAAGGCCUACAGACGCGGUGGUUCCAGCCAUGGAACCGGAUCCGCCGGCGCCUCCCUGGCCAAGAAUCCCGUCGAGCAGCUGACGCGGAUCAUCGCGCUGCGCAAACAGAAGCUCGAGCGUCGCACAAUCAAAGUGUCAAAGGCGGCCGAGGCUUUGGUUGCCUACUACGACCAGUACAAUGAGUUCGAUUACUUUAUAACCUCGCCCGAGCUGCCGAAUCCUUGGCAAACAGACAGCACCGAGAUGUGGGAUACGGAGAAGAAUAGUAAAGAAGUUCCUGUGCGGCGCGUGAAGCGCUGGGCAUUCAGUUUGCGGGAGUUGCUGAACGAUGCCAUUGGACGCGAGCAGUUCACCAAGUUCUUGGAGAAGGAGUACAGCGGCGAGAAUCUCAAAUUCUGGGAAUCGGUGCAGGAGAUGAAGGCGCUGCCGCAGUCGGAGAUCAAGGAGGCGAUCCAGAAGAUAUGGCAGGAGUUCCUCGCCCCCGAGGCGCCCUGUCCGGUCAACGUGGACUCCAAGUCGGUGGAGCUGGCCCGCGAGGCGGUCAACUCGCCCAGUGGCCCCAAUCGAUGGUGCUUCGACGUGGCCGCCUCGCAUGUGUAUCACCUGAUGAAGAGCGACUCGUACUCCAGGUAUCUGCGAUCCGAUAUGUACAAGGAUUAUCUGAACUGCUCGCGCAAGAAGAUCAAGUCCAUACCGAAUCUGUUCGGGGUGAAACGUUGAGAUACGCUGCGGGGAUUCCCCGUCAUCGCAGUGGGCUAGAACGUCCUUGUGUAGGGGAAUUACCAGUUGAACUAGGUACUCAUUCGGUACUCAUUCGUUGUUACUCAUUUGAUUAAUCUGCCACUGUGUCGCGUGUUCUCUCGAUUUUGAAGUACUUUUUAUGUGAUUGUUUGUUGAUCGAUCGAUUGAUUAUGCGUUACCUCAAAGUGCCCCAAGAAAUACUUACAACCAAAUUUGCCCAUAGUAGCCGCCAUCUCAAGCUGUAUCUAUCUCCCUCUAAAUCAGACGAAAAGCUAAAACACCACUUACUAUGCAAAUAAGAAACUGCCAAAGGCUUGAUUAAGAACAAAAAAUAAUCGAAUACUGGAGGUUUUUCUGAAAUCAAUGGAUAUUUUAAAACAAUUACCAGCUGAGGUCUAAUAUAUAGGAAAUGGGAACUAAUUCCCCCACCGAAAAGCAAAGUCCCCAGGAAUUCCACAGCAAUAUUGUAAACUUUAUAAUUCCACAAUUGGAGAUUUCGAAAACUUGAUCAUCCUAUUUUUUGAAGCCACACAAUAGUUGUUUUCAAAUCUCUAGCGAUUCUCAGUUAAGCCAUCCGGAAUGUACUUAUUUUAAUAACCGAAUACGAAAAGUUGAAGACGAAAGACAACACCAACAACCGCCGAGACCUUAUUCUCAUACUCAUAAUAUACAAGCAAAUACGAAUUAUUAAUUAUUAACCGAAAUGCAAACGAUCGUAAUCGAAGACACCAAGAAAAUAUGAAGAAAUACUAUAGAGAAACCACUAGUAAAUGUCAAACUGUAACCAAAAAACACCAAAGAUACGAAAAUGCAAAAAAAAAAACCGAUUCUAAGAGGUACUUAUAUUCAAACUAAGAGAAUUAGCUUAAUUAAUAGGAAAUCAAAGCGGAAAUCUUACGUAAAUUGAAAAUUGAAAACUCACUCAUGCCAGACAGCUUUUGUCCGCAUGCGCUGCGAUAGCAUUCAGCUUUUCUGCCGGUCAGAACACGGGGGACACGAUCCCCCUUCUAUCAGAGAAAUGUAUAAAAUCAAAUCGUUGGCUUAAGUUCCUUUAACACCUUGAUUAGGUGUCUCUUUUCAUCGCUCCCUCUCUUUCUCUCUCUCUCCCACACACACCAGCACAGUUACCUGCAUACCCAUACACACCCACUCACAUAUCGUUAAGGCGCCAGAAAAAUAAGAAAGAGAAUAGCUAAGAUUUUAAUCAUAAUAUUUUUUGCCGCUCACUGUGCGCGUAUGUGUGUUUGACCGAGAGAGAGAGACGGCAUAAUGUUUUUUUUUUGUUUUUAGUAAAUGUUUACAAUUAAUUAUGUUAAUAAUAGACAUUAAAGUUAUAGCAACAAGUGGAAGAUUGAAGACGAGAGUGCGAGAGCCAAGUUCGGUUGGGCGAGUGGGCAGUGAAGUAGGAUAGAUAGGGUCAAAGGUGUGAUAGCUUAUAGGAAGUUAGAUCAAACAAAAAAAACAAGUGAGCUUUACAAACAAAUAAAGGGGCUAAACAACUAGGGAGACUUGAUAGCCGCAACGAACUUGGUUCUCUUGGUAAAAUCUCUCCCAAAAUAUAUAAUUCGGAUUGGACAAACGGGGUAAGACUCGAAACUAUUACACAUACAGUUGCGUCCAAAACAAUAGCAGCGUGGGCUUAAAACAGUCGAAAUAUCCUUACCUAAUACGAAGUCUCACAAGCAAUCAGCUGUAGUUUUGUGUCUUAUAAGAGAAAUAUUCAAAUUUCAAAUUAGGUUCUCGAAAAUAGGAUUUUCUUAUUUCAUUAUUAGAAACGUUACUGCUAUUAUUUUGGCCGCAACUGUUUGAAAGUGGACGCAGCUAUGUAUUAAUGUGAAACAUCAAACUGAUCCUCGGAUCGUUCGGAAUAGCAAUUAGACUUAGGUAAACUAAGGAACUUGAAACUUGGAACUAUAUAUAUACACAUGUAAUUUGCACACACACUCAUGCACUCAUGCUGCCUACUUUUGGGCCGAAAAAUAAGGAAUAACAAAGGAUACAAAAAUCAGAGGCGUAUUAAAUGUAUUUAAUUAGGAUCGCAUUGUGUGUGUCUAUCUAAUUGUAACUGUAAUUGUAAUUGUAAAUGGUGUCUACAAAUUAACAAGCAAAUAAUAACUAUACUAUAACUAUACAAUAUGAAGUAUACAGAAUUCAGUAAAAUUAAAGAUAAACGAAAAUAGAAGAAAGAAAACGGAAUAAUUAUAAACUACGAUAUAUACCAUAUAUCUCGAUGUGCGUCUGUGUGUUGGUAGUGACAAAUUUAAAUCGAUUUCGAAAUAGCCAAAGCUAAGACAAGAAAAAAACUGGGAAACCCCCGAACUCACACACAAAUUUUCCUUUUGGCUUUCCACUGUUAUCGUUUGCCAGAUUAUAUAUAAUUACAUAUAUAUAUAUAUAUUUAUAUAUAUAUAUAUAUAUAUAUAUAUAUAGGAACUGUUGGCCAACUGUUUUCCCCCUUUUACUGUUCCAACGCCCCACCUAAUGAAAAUAACCAUUAAAUGUAGCGGAAACUAUAAAAACUCUAAACAAAAUCGAUGAAAAACUAAGUGGUUAGAAAGGGAAAUUGCCCACUUAAAUCGGAGAAAACUAAUUAAAUCAAAUAAUCAAAAAAUAUUCGAUAUAUGUACGUGUACACAACAAGCAACAGCAAAACAAAUUUUUAGGUUUAGCCAGCAGAAAGAAAUUAACAAAAAAAAAAAUACGAG